CUAAAUCAUGGCUAACUUCAUUCUUCAUUAGUAGGUGUAACUAGAUCUACUUAUUUUUCUUGUUGCACAUUUCGCUAGUAAUAGUAAAUAAAAACGAUUAAUUUUUGGUAAAUCAUGUCGAAAAUUAAUGAUAGAGACCGAGCGCCGAAUCAUCAAACGUAUAAAUUAGUGAUUGUCGGAGGUGGUGGUGUUGGAAAGUCUGCCAUAACUUUACAAUUUAUCCAGAGUUAUUUUGUAACUGAUUACGAUCCUACGAUAGAAGAUUCCUAUACAAAGCAAUGUGUUAUAGACGAUAUACCUGCAAAAUUAGACAUUUUAGACACUGCAGGACAAGAGGAAUUUAGUGCAAUGCGAGAACAAUAUAUGCGGUCUGGAGAAGGAUUUCUAUUAGUAUUUUCGGUUACAGAAAAAUCUAGUUUUGAAGAAAUUUACAAAUUCCAUAGACAAAUAUUGAGAGUCAAAGAUCGGGAUGAAUUUCCUAUGUUAAUGGUAGGAAACAAGGUUGAUCUGGAGCAUCAGAGGGCCGUUUGGCAAGAGGAGGCCCAGCAACUGGCCAGGCAGCUGAAAAUUCCCUACAUUGAAUGUAGCGCCAAGAUGAGGAUGAAUGUCGACAACGCUUUCUACGAAUUGGUCCGCGUCGUUCGAAAAUUUCAACUUUCCGAACGGCCACCUUUGAAGCCCAAUUACAUCAAAAGAAAUAAAAAGAAAUGUUGUGUCCUUUAAACGGGUUUUUCAUAAUUUUUUUGUGGUUCUUAACGGACUUUUCGGUUUACAUAUUUGGAAAUAUAGUUGGUUAAUACAGGGUGUUAAUUAAUUAAGUGCUGAUACUUCAGGAUGUGAAUAUUUGGAUGAUAUUAAGAAGAAAAAUUUAUAUCAGUAUAAAUGUCCUAAACCUCUUAGUUUUCGAACUACAUGGUGUUACAGUAUUCUGAAGUAUCGGCACUCAAUUAAUUAACACCCUGUAUAUCAAAAUUUAUUGCAAGUUACGUUUUUUUAUGAGUAAAAACGUUUUCACAUGUACGAUAUACGCAUCGCAAUUUAAUGCUGCAAUAUUUGCAUUGCAGGGAUAAUUUUGAUUAACGCUUGUAUAAAAAUGCAAUGCAAUAUUGCAAUAAAUUACACCGUGUGAAAACGCUCUAGAGUUAUUGAAAUUUAUAGCUUUAUAAUCGUUGGAAAUCAUUUUUGAUACUUGUUAUCAGUAACGAGUAUUUAUAGAAAAUGGAUGGAUUAUUAACUAAAUAAUCCAAAUUUGAAUUUAUGUAUUCCUCAAAGGGAAAAUUGUUUUUAAUGAGUAUUUUUUUCGAAUUACUAAGAGCGACAAUGUUUCCUGAAAGUGCCAUUUAAUUUAGUAGGCUUUUAAAUAGUUUUUAAUCCAUUUCAUUACGUUUUAAAUUAUGCUCAUUUUUAAGUAAUUUAAGAGCGUAAAUAUAUUAAAUGCAAUUAUUUGCUCGCUCUUUGUCAAGGUUUUAGUUGUAAAUACUUCCUUUGUGUAAUUUUUAUUCGCAAUUAUUCACAGAAAAUUGUUUGCAGUAGCAUGAGUAAUUUUUUAUUCAUUUUCAAGCUCUAUUAAACAACAACAUAACACAUAAUAUUAUUAAAAUGAAAAUAUGUAAUUAAUCAAAAUUCAUUCAUUUUAUUAGACCUAAUC